AGGACCCUGCUGAGAGGUAAACAAGCGAUGUCGCGUUAAUUAACGUGCAAGCAUCGAUUUUAGUUGAAUUAACUUCGCGUGUGAGCGUGUAGCCGGACGGGAGGUGAUGGCAGAAGAUAAUGAGCUGGAAAAACGUGCCAUAGACGAGCUCCUCAGGGAGACUGACAGAGCUCGGGUGAGAGCAGAGACGAUGGGCCCUGCAGGAUGGUUGAAGUGCCCUCUACGGAGCACCAACAAGCGCUUCCUCCUCAACACCCUGCGCUCCACCGGCCUGCAGCGGCGCACCGGUGAGCCCAGAACCGGACACUCCACCACAAGAGGGCGCCUGAGGAGUGAGUCCCCGGACAGGAACGAGUCCCCAGACAGGAGCCGGGACCGCAGCAGAACACCUCCCAGAGAUCACAGGAGUAAUGGAGGCCACACAGACCAUAAACAUCAUCACAGGGACAGCCGCAAAAACAAAGAUAAGAAGCUGGAUAGAGAUAGAGACAAACACUACAGACAGAGAGACGACAGAGACGGCAGACAUGCCGAUGGACAGAACACAGACAAAGACAGACACAGACUUCAUGAAUAGAGCACAUCUGUUUGUUGAGGAGCUCUGCUUCUCCAGAGACCGGUCCCUGUUCAGGGAGCACAGAGGUGGACUUGAAACUGAGCUUGUAGCAGAUCAAACGCCUCAGAACUGCAGACAAGCUGAGACAAUCUGUCCUGCUCACCUGGAGUGUUGGAAGGAGACAGAAGACUUGUUAUUCCUGCUGUUAGAAAAGGACUUAACAGCACCCACAGAGGAGUUUGGCUUAUAUGUUGAGGUUCAGUAGACUGUGUUUGAUCCCUUUAGUAGUCAAGAUAACAUCAUUUUAAUGUUCUUUUUUUUGGCUUUUCAGUAAAACAUGAGUGAAUAAAGGGUUGAGUGGCCUUUAUUUUCCCAGGAAAUCCUUUAUUUUUAGCUCAGAUUUUUGUGCUCUCCUUCUUCAUACAACUAAUUGUUUGGUUUCUCCUAUAGAGGAGGUUUGAUUUCAAAUAUAAUGUCAUUCUUCUGUCAUUAUUCACUGCUCAUAAUGUUUACAUAAGCCAUGCUGCUGUCGCCACUGGGUAAGCACAUUUUAUCGCGUGUCCAACUUUUUGACAUGUGUAUAGCAGCUAUCAGAAAAGCUUGUGUUUGUCAAAGGAGAAAAAAAAAUGUUUUCCUGACACUCCUACAUGUGCCUGACGCUCAGGGAAGGAUUAUUUCAAUAAGGCUGUAAUACCAACAGCAACUUUACUAUAAUAACAGUCGAGUGAUUCCAUGCUGACAGUAUUUCCACAGGUCUCUGUGGGGUUGUUGGGUUUCAGGCCAGCAGAUGGACAUUUGCUCAAGCGUUGAGAGUCUUGUUUAUAUCUUUGCUAUCCAUUUGGCUCGUUUCCAUGUGUUUGAGCUUAUACUCCUUUUUAUUGUUCCACUGCGUUUUACACACGUGACAAGUGUCUAUUAAAGGUCUAUUACAGCAA